GGCGCGGAGCGGCAGUGCGGCGGGCGCGGGCCUGCUGCUCCGCCAAGAUGCUGCUGCGCCGCUUGCCCAUCCUCGCCUGGCUACCCAACUACAACUUCAGGAGCGGCCUCGCCGAUCUCAUUGCGGGUGUAACGGUGGGCCUGACGGUGAUCCCGCAGGCGAUCGCGUACGCGGGCGUGGCGGGCUUGCCGCCGCAGUACGGCCUCUACUCCUCCUUCAUGGCGUGCUUCGUGUACACGGCGCUGGGCUCGGUGAAGGACUCCGCGGUGGGGCCGACCGCCAUCGCUGCCAUCCUGACGCGCGAGAACCUACACGGCUUAGGGCCCGAGUUCGCCGUGCUGCUGGCCUUCCUCUCCGGCUGCGUCGAGCUGCUCAUGGGCCUGCUGCAGCUUGGGUUCCUGAUCGACUUCAUCAGCGGGCCGGUGUCGGUGGGCUUCACCUCGGCAGCGGCCAUCAUCAUCGCAACCACGCAGAUCAAGGACAUCCUCGGUCUCAGCUUCCCCGGCGGCAAGUUCCUGCAGGUGUGGGCGGGCCUGUACGAGCACAUCGGCGAGACACGCCUGUGGGACGCCACGCUCGGCCUUGGCUGCCUGCUGCUACUGCUGCUGCUGCGGAAAGUGAAAGACAUCAAGGUGGGAGUGAAUGAGAAAGGCGGCGGCGGGCGGGGGCGCGCGGCGUUAGCACAGGCGCUGUGGUUCCUCUCCACCACCAGGAACAUCCUGGUGGUACUGGUGUGCGCCGGCCUCGCGUACUACUUCGACACCAAAAACCAGACGCCCUUCGUUCUCACCGGCGAGGUGCGCGCGGGCCUACCGCGCCUGGCGCUGCCGCCGCUGUCGGCCACGGUGGGUAAUCACACCUAUACCUUCACCGAGAUGACCUCGACACUCGGCUCCGCCAUCUUCGUGGUGCCGCUGCUCUCCAUACUGGAAAACAUCGCUCUCGCUAAAGUCUUCUCGGAAGGCAAGUACGUUGACGCGACGCAGGAGAUGAUAGCUCUAGGCGUGUGCAACAUGGCGGCCUCGCUGGUGGACUCGAUGCCGGUGUCGGGCGCGUUAUCCCGCGGUGCCGUGAACCACGCGUCCGGCGUCGCCACACCCGCCGGCGGACUCUAUACUGGCGCUCUGGUGCUGCUCGCGUUGCAGUACUUUACGCCGUACUUCUACUUCAUCCCGAAGGCGUCGCUGGCGGCCGUCAUCAUCGCCGCCGUCAUCUUUAUGAUGGAGCUGCACGUCUUCAAGCCCAUCUGGCGGACCAAGAAGGUGGACAUAAUCCCCGCGGUGGUAACUUUCGCGGCGUGCCUGCUGCUGCGCCUGGAGCUGGGCAUCGUGGUGGGCAUAGCCGUCAAUCUGCUGUUCCUGCUGUACGCCUCCGCGCGGCCCGCCGUGCGCGUCACCAGCGCUCUGUCGAGCGACGGGGUGCCGCACGUGGUGGCAAGCGUGGACCGCGCGCUGGCUUUCCCCUCGGCUGAGUACGUGCGGCGCGCGGUGCGCAAGGCGGCCGACAGACACGCGCACGCGCCGCUCGUGCUCGACGCUUCGCACGUGCAGGCCGCCGACUUCACCGCCGCCCGGGGCAUCAAGGCGCUGAUCGAGGACUUCCACGCGCGCGGGCAGACGAUCAUCUUUUACAACGUGAAGCCCUCCAUAGCGGAGGUGUUCCGCGGAGUGCGGCCGCGCGAGUUCCUGCACUGCUCCUGCCGCGCGGAGCUCGACCGGCUGUUGCUCGAGGCGCAGCGGCACGUCAAGCAGGCGCGCUCCUAGCGCAACACUCAACAUUGUACCAAACUAAUUCUGAAUGAAUUAUUCCAUUGUUGUACUUUAAAGUGGUUCUUAUAGGGAAAGAUAGUGCGUUUGCAUGUAGUGUUGUAAGUAGAAAAUUUGACUGGACAAUAUUUAAGUUAAUUGUAUAAAGAACGUUGAAUACUUCGAGGAUAGUAUUGCCUAUUAGUAAGAUAUUAUGUAAAAAUGUAACAUAUUUAUACGGCGCAUCAGAAUAGACAUAAGUAGGGUAAGCAGAGUGGGACUGAAGCAGUCGCACUUCGCUUAUUCUAUUCUAAGGAACUUCUUUUAAUAAACUUGUGACGACUGAAAGUGAGACGUUUUGUUUAAAUAAAAACAAACAAUCAAUAAUUGCUG